UUAGCUGAUUAGCAAACCAUAUAUAUUUUUUAAAAAUGGUCAAGACACAUUUUUUUUUUUUUUUGCGUCUUCAACAUGUCACAUAGUUUGCCAGUUUAACGGUUUUAGUUCUCUUUGACCUGCUAACUAUACCUCUCUUCCGGAAUGCUCACUUGUUUUUCUAUCGCUAGCCCCGUUUGCUAAGUUGCUAGCUGCCCCACUCCAAUCCAAAUCAGACAUUGCCAGGCCUACCAGCUCUAGGGGGUGUUCAUUUUGUUUAAAUAAAUAGCUAGUUAGCACGUAUCUACGUCAGCUACCUGUUGACAGGUGAACUUGAAUGGCUAGCUAACUGUGUUACCUUGACUAAAGUAUGUCUUGCCCAUGCACAUCGGCCGCGAGGAUAUUCUUGAAUUCAGCACAGAGAGGGCUGUCUUGUUCUCGGGUUCAGCUCUAUGCUUUGAGCAGGCCUGGUUGGGGUUUUCGUGAAGCUCCUCUACCUCGCAUAGUCCGAGUGAGAUCCUUCCAUGAAACUGCAGUAUGUUUUGCCUCUAAAGAUGGAACGACUAAGGAUGGAUCCGGCGAUGGAGGAAAGAAGAGCAUCAGUGAAGGAAAGAGAUUGGCGGGCUCAUCUGGUGGAUCAGGGAAGGGGGGUAACCAGCUGCACUGUCCCAAAUGUGGAGACCCAUGUACACAUGUGGAGACCUUUGUAUCGUCGACACGUUUUGUGAAGUGUGAGAAAUGCCAUCACUUCUUCGUGGUUCUCUCUGAGACGGACUCUAAGAAGGGCCUGAAUAAAGAAGCAGAGUCGCCCGCUGAGGCUGUCAAAAUGGCCUUCGCACAGAAACCUCCCCCGCCACCCAAAAAGAUCUAUGCCUACCUGGACAAGUACGUAGUGGGUCAGUCCUAUGCUAAGAAGGUGCUGGCGGUAGCUGUGUAUAAUCACUACAAGAGAAUCUACAACAACAUCCCUGCUGGGAGCAGACAGGUGGAGGUGGAGAAACAGGCCUCGCUCACUCCACGAGAACUAGAGACGAGAAGACGGGAGGAUGAGUACAGAUUCACAAAACUCCUUCAAAUAGCAGGGAUCAGUCCCCAUGGCAACGCCCUGGGAGCCUCCAUGCAGCAACAGGCCACUCAGCAGGCUCCUCAGGAGAGGAGGGGCGGAGACGUGUUAGACUCCACACACACCGACAUCAAACUGGAGAAGAGCAACAUCGUGCUGCUAGGCCCCACCGGAUCAGGCAAGACGUUGUUGGCCCAGACCCUGGCCAAGUGUCUAGAUGUACCCUUUGCCAUCUGUGAUUGUACCACCCUGACCCAGGCUGGCUACGUGGGGGAGGAUAUCGAGUCUGUUAUCGCCAAGCUGCUGCAGGAUGCAAACUACUCUGUGGAUAAAGCACAGCAAGGCAUAGUGUUUCUCGAUGAGGUGGACAAGAUCGGCAGUGUUCCUGGGAUCCACCAGCUCAGAGACGUAGGAGGAGAGGGUGUACAACAGGGUCUGCUCAAACUCCUGGAGGGCACGAUAGUGAACGUUCCAGAGAAGAACUCCAGGAAGUUGAGAGGAGAGACUGUGCAGGUGGACACCACUAACAUCCUGUUCGUAGCGUCAGGGGCCUUCAACGGACUCGACAGAAUCGUCAGCAGACGGAAGAAUGAAAAGUACCUGGGCUUUGGCACGCCCUCCAACAUGGGUAAGGGUCGCCGUGCGGCGGCGGCAGCCGACCUGGCUAACAGUAGUGAACAGACCGACAUGGUGGCAGAGAUGGAGGAGAAGGACCGGCUGCUGAAGCUCGUGGAGGCCCGGGACCUCAUUGAGUUUGGGAUGAUCCCGGAGUUUGUCGGGCGUCUGCCUGUGGUGGUGCCUCUACACAGUCUGGAUGAAGAGACGCUGGUCCGUAUCCUGACAGAACCACGCAAUGCCGUCAUACCACAGUACCAGGCCCUGUUCAGCAUGGACAAGUGUGAACUGAACGUAACGACAGAUGCUCUGAGGGCCAUCGCCAGGCUGGCUCUGGAGAGAAAGACUGGAGCCCGAGGCCUGAGGUCCAUCAUGGAGAAGCUUCUUCUGGAGCCCAUGUUCGAGGUGCCAUGUUCAGACAUCAUGUCUGUGGAGUUAACCAAGGACGUCGUCCUGGGCAAAUCGGAGCCACAAUACGUCAGGGCUCCAGCAGAGGAGGACUACGACUCUGGUAUUGAAGAGGAGAACUGGCCCAGACAGGUGGAUGCGGCAGCUAACAACUGAUCGGAUCUCCCUCCCCCUGUCCAGUCAUUCAUUUCAACAACUGUCACAUCUACAAUCAUUUAGAACACCUUCUAGAACAUUUGGAAGCCAACUGUAGGUUCCUGGAAUUCCAGCCCCUGAGCCAUCUAAACAGACCUCCGUCAGGCUCUGUAGACCACAACUAAAACCACACCAUAAAACUGUAGAACACUACUAAAA